AUGAAUAAUUCUUAUUUUGAAGCAUUAUCUGAACAGGAAGGACAAUUAGAAGCAAGUCAUGACUCCGUACAAAAAACUAUUAAUUUAUUAAUACAAUUAGCAAAUGAUAAUGAUGAUGAUAAUCAUAAACUUGAGCUUUUAAAGAGACUAAAUGAUGAAUACCCUAAACUUUUAAAAAAUAAUACAGAUUUAUAUCAUGGAAAAUUUAAUGCUAUUUCAGCCAAGAUUGAAAAUGAGCCAGCACCGCUAACUAUACAUGAUAGUAAUGUUCUUGCAGAUGAAGCUAAAGAUUCCCUUGAAGAAUGUGUAAAUGAGAUCGAAGAAAUAUACAGAAAUUCUCAAAAGUAUAUCAAUAUGGUGAAUAGGUUAUCAGUAGACCUGGCGAAACAAAUUGAGACUGCCGAUAUACGAAAAGAUAAAUAUAUCGUUGAUAAUUGGUUACCACCAAAGGAGAUUGAAGAAAUAUUACAAGAAUUUACAGAUGAUGACAGUGAAGCAGUGAGGUUACGAGCAAGAUUGGAGCAAUAUUUAGAUCAAUUAAAAAUGGAGCGUGUGAAAUAUACCCUUGAAAAUCGCUAUACUAUAGAAGAUAAGUUGAUUUUAGCAAAUAAAGAAGUAAAUAGAUGGCGUAUUGAAUGGGAUAAAUUAGAAACAUUGAUGUUUGGCCGUGGUCCAAAUUCUUUGAAAAAUAUGUUACAAAAAAAUGAACAAUUAGCUGAAAAACUAAAAAGCGCUGAAUCUCAGUGA